AUGGUCACGAAUUCGCCGAAUUGCGGCUCUUGUGCCUUCGUCAGCAAGAUGGGUGCGGAGAUGCAGGCCGUGGACGUUCUCCUGGCUCUCCCCCGACACCUGCAGCACGAGGUGUUGUCACGCCUCAGUGCAGGCCAGGUGCACAAUGUUCGCCUCGCGACCCGCGCGCUGCGGCACAUGGUGGACUCCGCCGCACGCAUCAUCACCGUGCAAGGCUCCGCUGGGUCCGUCGACAUGCCGGCCGUGGAGGCCAUGCUCCGGCGAACCGUUUCUGCUGAGGGCCCGCAGUGGAGACUGCCGGUGCUGGCGGUGAAGCUCGAUAUUUGCAAGGACGUCGUCUACAACGGCGCGUCAACGAACGUUGACCUGUACGUGGACACGGUGUUGACGACGCUGCCGGCGGCGCGAUUCGUCCGCAAUUUGCAAGUGCACAUCAUGAACCUACAUGGACUUGCGCAGCCAGACAGGCCCGGAACCGCGACGUCCAGGGGCAGCGACAACCUCUACCUCGACGCGCAGCUCACAAAGGGACUCGCUCGGGCCUUCGAUGCGAUCCGCACGGCGACGGGAGCCCACGUUUCAGCAUAUGUCGACACCUGCGAUUUGACCCCCCGGUCGGCCGCGGGAGAGACCGCGGCGACCAGAAAGGCAUCCAAAGACGCCUGCGACGCCCUGGCCCUGCUCGGGCACGUGGACGCCCUGCGCGUCCACGGCGCCGCCCCGCACCUCGCCGCGACUCUCCCGGGCCUGCGCAGCCUGACGCACCUCUCAUGCGUUCCCUGGCCCGCCCUCCUGGCGCCCCCCGCGGACCCGGACCACCCAAGCGGCGACGCGUGGGCGCCGAUCGAGGGUCUGGCUCGGCUCCAGCACCUCGAGCUGCACGCCCCGGACCCUGCGACGCGCAACGGCACGCCCAGCUGCAUCUUCGCGCCUCUUCCCGGGCUGUCAAGUCUCAGCAAGCUCGUGCUCGACCAGGUCAAUCUGUCGCAGCUGGCGUGGCAGCACGCGGCGUGCGGGGCGCUCCAGGAUCUGCAUCUGCACCUGAGCGUGUGGGCGGCGGAGACGGUGCGUGUGCUGCCGCGCGGGCUGAAGCGCCUGCACCUGUCGACGGACGCGGCGCGGCACCUCAGCGUGGCGUCGCACCACCACGCACGAUACGAGGGACCGCGUGGCGAGCACGCGCUGGCCCACCUGACGGGACUGAGCGAGCUUAUACUUGACUGCUGCUUCGACGGACUUCUGCCGCUGCCGCCGCUGCCGUCGCUGACAACGCUCGCGGUGAACGCGCGUGCGUUCCGCUUGGGACCGGUCUUCGCUGGCGACGACGCAUGUGCGGAGCCGGCAACUCGCGUGCGGAGAUUGUUCGUCAUGGGGUGUCAGUCGUACCUGGCGUGUUGCAUGGGCGGCGGGCGGGUGCUGCUGCAGACGGCCAAGACGCUGCGUCAGCAGCUCGAGCGCGAGGCGGCGUUCGCGGCGCUGGAGGAGGUCGUUCCGUUCGCGCAGGGGUUGCGGUCCCAGGUGCUGGAAUCCACGCGGUUGGAGCUGAUGACGAUGGUGCAUCGACGAAGGGAGUAG